UUCAAUAUCUUUCGCUGUGGGCUAUAAAUAUUCACAUCAAACGCACCCUCUUUCUCUCUCUCCAUUUUUCUACGCUUCUCGGCCUCCGGAAGCGUAGUUCCAUCGCCGAUCGUAGAGAGAGAAAGAAGGCCCGUCAGAGAAGUGGAGCAUUUCUCGCCAUCGCUUUGUACCGGUACUCGACCCAUAUCUUCAUCAUAGGAUCAUUGAGAACGAAGCUUUCCUAUGGCUGCUACUGCAACUGCAUCAUCCACUGGCCCACGAUAUGCACCAGAGGACCCAACUCUUCCCAAACCAUGGAGAGGCCUAGUUGAUGGUAAAACUGGUUAUCUUUACUUCUGGAAUCCAGAGACAAACAUUACCCAGUAUGAGAGGCCUGCUGCCUCUUCAAAUGUGGGUUCAGCUUUGCCACAGAAGUCCUCUUCGGUGCCUAUAAGUUCUUCAGUUCAAGUUCAACAAUCCUCUCAAGGACAGCGCCGGGACAACUGUUCCAAUGAUGAUGACGAUAGAUAUAGCAGAGGUAGCAAUAGUGUGUCAAAGCUUGUUAUGGAUGGAAGGAGUCACCAGAGUGCAAGAGGUGGAUCAGAUAAUUCUCAUAAUGUUCCAAAUGGGGUCAUAGGUGCUGCGCAUGGAGGGUCUUCUGCCAAAGGUUAUGCAUCAUCAGGUGUAGGAAGUGUUUCAUCUGCAGAGUAUUGCCGUCGACAUGAAAUAACUGUUUCGGGAUCGGAUGUACCCCCACCAUUCGCAUCAUUUGAAGCUACCGGUUUCCCAUCAGAACUCCUUAGAGAGGUACACAAUGCAGGGUUCUCUGCCCCUACUCCAAUACAGGCACAAUCAUGGCCAAUUGCUCUUCAAAGUCGCGACAUAGUAGCCAUUGCCAAGACUGGUUCAGGGAAAACCUUGGGUUACUUGAUUCCAUGUUUUAUUCAUCUCAAGCGCCGCCAUAAUAAUCCUCAAAUGGGCCCAACUGUUUUGGUGUUGUCACCGACUAGGGAGUUGGCCACACAGAUACAAGAAGAAGCUGUGAAGUUCGGAAAGUCAUCUAAGAUAGCUUGCACGUGUUUGUAUGGAGGAGCACCAAAGGGUCCCCAAUUAAGAGAGUUAGAUAGAGGUGUAGAUAUUGUGGUUGCAACUCCUGGUCGUCUGAAUGAUAUUCUGGAGAUGAGAAGAAUCAGUCUACAUCAAGUUUCCUAUUUGGUGUUAGAUGAGGCGGACCGCAUGCUGGACAUGGGAUUUGAACCUCAGAUAAGGAAGAUCGUGAAAGAGGUUCCGGCUCGCCGUCAGACCCUUAUGUAUACUGCAACUUGGCCAAAGGAGGUUCGUAAAAUCGCUGCAGAUCUGCUGGUUAAUCCCGUUCAGGUUAACAUUGGAAAUGUUGAUGAACUCGUUGCAAACAAAUCUAUCACCCAGCAUAUUGAAGUCUUGUCACCCAUGGAGAAACACAGACGGCUGGAGCAGAUAUUGCGAUCACAGGAACCAGGUUCUAAGAUUAUCAUUUUUUGUUCAACCAAGAAGAUGUGUGAUCAACUUGCCCGUAAUCUAUCCCGUCAGUUUGGGGCUACUGCUAUUCAUGGGGACAAAUCUCAGGGUGAGAGGGAUCAUGUAUUAAGCCAGUUCCGCACUGGGAGGUCUCCAGUGCUUGUAGCCACCGACGUUGCAGCUCGUGGGCUGGAUGUUAAAGAUAUCAGGGUGGUUGUCAAUUAUGACUUUCCUACUGGAGUAGAGGACUAUGUUCACAGGAUUGGAAGGACGGGAAGGGCAGGUGCCACUGGAAUUGCUUACACAUUUUUCUGUGAUCAGGAUUCAAAGCAUGCUUCAGAUCUCAUCAAAGUUUUAGAAGGAGCAAACCAGCGUGUCCCAGUUGAGAUUCGUGAUAUGGCCUCGCAUGGUGGUGGGAUGGGCAGAUCUAGACGAUGGGGUUCUGGAUCUGGUGGACGCGAUGGAGGCCGUGGAGGUCGGUAUGAUUCGGGUUAUGGUGGCGGGGAUGUGGGAAGGGGGGGUAGUUGGGGGUUUUCUUCCUCUGAAAGAGGCGGGGGCCGUGGUUUUCAUGAUGGGGAUGCACCUGUGAGCUAUCAUAAAAGCUUCCAUUCUAGCAUGAGUCGUGCUGGGGAUGAAGUUCGCAGCCGAAGCAGAAGCCCCAACAAGGGGUCAGGAUGGGGAGAGAACCGGACCAGGGCCCGCAGCCGCAGUCGUAGUCCUGACAGAUAUGACAGGGCUCCACCAGCACAUCAGCGCUCCCCAGUGAACAGUUUUCAUAAAGCAAUGAUGGAGCGAGCUCGAUCGCCACCACGUGAACGUUCCCCUGUGCAGAGUUUUCAUAAAGCCAUGGUAGAAAAGGUUCGAUCACCCCCUGAUCUGCUGAGUCGUCCUCGUGAUUGCUUACGAUCCCCAGCUGAUGGUGGUGGGAGGGAGAACUUUGGGGGAUCACAUGAUGAUAAGUGGGGAAGAUCAUCAGGUGGUGGACAGGGUGAUGGACCACCUCCUUCUUUCCUUGGGGAGGAAGAAGAGGAGGAAGGUAUGAUAAGGCAGGAUGAAGAUGGCCCGUGUUAGGGAGGAUACUUGGGCUCCUCUCAGUCAACAUUGCCUCGUAUGGAGUUUAAGUGACUGGUUAGUCUCUGUUUUCUGGUCCUCUCCUUUUUUGGUUGCUUUGGUUAGUGUUGUAGUAGAAUUAUGGCGGGGGAAUAGUAAAUGUAACAAUUGAAUGGGGUAUCUAAGUUGACUUAUCUUUUUGGUGGAACUGCUCCUAAUUCUAAAGAGCCAAAGACUCGGAUUAGUACAGCUUUUAAUGGCCAAGGUAUCUUUUACAUUGUGCGUUCUGUUUGUUUAGUUUUAGUUUAGUUAGAAUAUUAAUAGGCUAUAGCUUUGGUAAAUGUUGACGAUGUGAAACAAUGAUGCCCUUGUUGGCCAUGUGUUUUGUUGUGUAUGGAAUGUUAAGUCUUCGUGACAUUCAUGCUAGUGGUGAUUACAGUUGUUUA